AUGCAGAGAAAAUUUGAAGGGACCGUCACGCGAGACCCUGAGACUGAGCAUGUGCGCAGCAUCAAACCAGGCGAGGAAGUUGAAAGCAUGUGGAACGGCCUUGGCAGAACAGUAGAGGCGAUUGGUUGGAGUCCAACUGGCGGAGAAACGAUGGAAGGCUUUUUAGUUAGCUACGUUUACAUCAAAGCAGACGAGCUUGUGGAUGGCCUGCUGUUUCCACAAGGGGCUGAUGGCGAGAUGGUGGACAAUCUCUUCCGCAACGAUCCAAGCGCCAAGAAAAUCUUCGAACAGGGUGGCUCUAUCGAUAUUCGCAAAUUCGCCAAUGAUCUCGACAUGGAAAAUGAGCCCAUGGACGAUAAUGAGUUUGAGAUGUAUACUGACUCGGAGCUCGAUGGAGAACAGCUUGCGGCACUAGAGGAUGACGAUGGAGACUCUGACUGGGACAUAGAUGAUGAAUCCUCGAUUGAGGCCAUCGAUAACACUAUUGAAAUUUUGUCUGCUCAGAUGAAGAAAUCCAAGAUCCGGGAACCUGUUUAUUACCUACCCAUUCUUUGGGAUCCACCCGGCGCGAAACAAAUCCCUGAUUUAGUCGGGAAGGACGCUGCAAACCUCAUGCAUGCUAUGCGCAAUGCAUUCCGCCGCUUGAAGGAGUAUGUUAGCAAUGACAUGGCCAUGCAUGCUGACUUCAUGCGGCACAUCGACCGCCAGAAGAGCAUAGAAACUGACGAAAUCGUAGUCUUCAAGAACUACUGGCAUCAAGCCGAUCAGGAACCAGGUACGAUAAAGCGAUACGGAGAAUUGAUGCUGAUGGUAGCUACCAUGGACCAAAUGGUCAUGCAAAGUGGCCUCGACCCCGGGCCGUUCGAGCUGGCCAAGUUCAUGUUGCUUAAAGAUAACAAGCGCAGCUCUGGAGACUCUGUGGAUGACAUCUUUCCCAUUGAAUGGCGAAAAGCUAUCCGUCCUGUAAUCAUACGGCUCUUCCGCGCUGGCGUAAUCUGCUCCUCCUACGACGGCAGCGUCGCCGGCAUCACAAUCGCCGGCACUGAGCCCUCCCGCUCUCCCGAUCUCUACCUCGACUACCGCAUCGGUAUCCCGCCCUCCAACAUCGUCAGCCACCUCAAAGACCCCACCUCCCUCGACCGCGACUUCAUCAUCAAGAGGAUUGGAUUAUUCGCCUCAUCCAAUCCCGACGCGAGAUUCUCUGUCCUUAGACUCUGGUCCGCCCCGCACUUCUACCCACUCAUGCUGAGUAUCGAUCAAAGGGCGACGUGCGCGUUCCUAGAUGACCGAGGCCGCGCGUGGGAGUUCAAGUUUGUGCCCAAGGAUAUGCCGUAUAGUGAGUGGAGCAUUCACCAUCAGUUGAGCUUGAGAUUAGAACCGUGGAAGAAUAUCUUCGGCUUGCAGAUCAUCGUUGUUGAGUGGGGGUGUGACGUGGGCUGUUCAGACGAAGCCAUGGAGACUUGA